AAGUUAUUCAGUCAUUCAAGUUAUUCAGCAUUUCAAGUCAUUCAAGUUAUUCAACAUUCAAAAUUCCUAUUAACAAACUCUAAAGAGUCAUUUUCAAAUUCUUUCUACAUUACAAGUUUCCAAAAUUUAAAGUUAUUUUACAAAUUAUAAAAUCUCAAUUUCUCUGAUUAAAAAGUUAUACAUUCAGUGAUAAGUUACUUUCAAAGUUAUUUUCUGAAUUUAAAAAUCUUGUUUAAAUUCAAUUCAAUUCUACGAGUUCCUGUUAUUUUGAUUGCUGUCCAAACAACCUAUCUUUGAAUUCGAAGGACGUUCUCCUAAUUUGUGCAUCUUUAGGGAAAAUCAUUUUUAAUAAAUAAAAAAAAUCUCUGAGAUUAUUUUCAGAAUAGUGGGGAAGAGAGUGAUGAGUACAAGUCGAUUGUGAUCAGUCGAGUUCCACUAAUUCAACGGUAUACAAGUAAAAAAAAAUUUUUUUUUUUUUCACUCAAAAUUCCACAUAUUUUUUAAAAUAAACCGAAAUAAUGGCUUCAAAAAUAAAAAUUAAAUUACCCAAUGGUCAUGAUAUGCCAGCAUUGGGAUUUGGAACUUGGCAGGCAUCAGAAGAGGAAAUUGUCUCAGCUUUAAAUGCUGCAUUAGAAGCAGGAUAUAGACACAUUGAUUGCGCAACUGUUUACAAUAAUGAAAAGGCAAUUGGAAAAACUUUAAAAAAUUGGCUAGACUCGGGCAGAGUCAAAAGAGAAGAACUUUUUAUUGUUACUAAGCUACCACCUCCAGGUAAUCGGCCAAGUGGAGUGGAAAAAUGGAUAAAAAAAUCAUUAAACGAUUUGCAAUUGGAUUAUUUGGAUAUGUAUUUAAUUCACACGCCAUUUACAUUUAAAGAAAUUGAAGGCGAUUUACAUCCAAUGAAUGAAAAUGGUGAAAUACAAUUGGACAUGACAACUGAUCAUAUUGCUAUUUGGAAAGAAAUGGAAAAACAAGUUGUCGCCGAAAGAACACGCGCUAUUGGCUUAUCAAAUUUCAAUAUUUCUCAAAUAACAAGAGUUUUAAAUAUUGCAACUGUUCCAAUAUCCAAUCUUCAAAUUGAAUUACACGUCUACUUUCAACAAAAUGAACUUGUUGACUUUUGCAAAGAAAAAGGAAUCACAGUGACAGCAUAUUCGCCAUUGGGUUCAAGGGGACUCGUUAAACUAUUAGGUAGAACGGAAAUUUUACCCGAUUUAUUGAUGAAUCCAGUUGUUCAAGAAAUUGCAAAAACACUUAAUAAAACAAGUGCACAAAUAUUAUUACGUCAUUUAAUUCAAAAAGGUGUGGCUGCAAUUCCAAAAAGUACAAAUCCAAAGAGAAUUCAAGAAAAUAUUGAUCUUUUCACAUGGCAACUUAAUGAUGAACAAGUGGAAAAAUUAAAUAAUUUAAAUGUUGGAAAAAAAGCGCGCGUUUGUGAUUUUAUAAGUUUCUUUAAGGGAAUUGAUAAACAUCCAGAAUUUAUUCCAGAAGACGAUAUUGAAGUAAUUUUAAAUACUGCUUUAAAUGCCGGCUAUAGACAAAUAGACUGUGCUGUUUUUUAUCAAAAUGAAAAAGCAGUUGGAAAAGUUUUGAAAAAAUGGCUCGACUCGGAAAAAAUUACAAGAGACGAACUUUUUAUUGUUUCUAAAUUACCAUUUAUUGGAAAUGAUCCAAAUAAAGUGGAAAAAUGGUUGAAAAAUUCAUUAAAUGAUUUGCAAUUAAAUUAUUUGGAUCUCUAUUUAAUUCAUGGUCCAAUUGGAUUUGAAGAUAUUAAUGAGGAAAUGUUUUCGUUUCAUGAUAAUGGAGAUGUAAAAUUAGACAUGUCAACUGAUCAUCUUGCAAUUUGGGCUGAAUUAGAAAAACAAAUUGAAUUUUGUAAGGAAAAUGAAAUUACCGUUACUGCAUAUUCGCCAUUGGGUUCUAGGGGGCUUGCAACACUAUUUGGAAAAAUUGAAAUUGUACCAAAUUUACUGUUGGAUCCAACAAUUCAUGAAAUAGCAACGAAACAUAAUAAAACUCCAGCUCAAAUAGCGCUACGUUUUAUUUUGGAAAAAAAUAUAUCAGUCAUUCCAAAGAGUCGUAACACAGAGAGGAUAUAUGAAAAUAUUGAUAUUUUUGAUUUUGAACUUGAUUCAGAAGAUGUGAUUGAAUUAAAUAAUUUGGAUAUGGGAUCAGAGGUAUCGGAAGAAGAAAUAAUAUUAGCAGUGGAUACUGCUUUAAAAGCAGGCUACAGACAUAUAGAUUGUGCUGCAUAUUAUCAAAAUGAAAAAGCAGUGGGAAAAAUUUUAAAAGAAUGGAUUGAUUCCGGAAAAGUAACAAGAGAAGAACUUUUUAUUGUUACUAAAUUGCCCCCAUCAGGAAAUAAUCCAAACAAAGUGGAAAAAUGGCUAAAAGGAUCGUUAAACGAUUUACAAUUAGAUUAUUUGGAUCUCUAUUUAAUUCACAAUCCCAUUGGAUUCGAGGAAAUAAAUGAAGAAUUAUUUUCACUCGAUGAAAAUGGAGAAGUAAUAUUGGACAUGACAACUGAUCAUCUUGCAAUUUGGGCUGAAUUUGAAAAACAAGUUGAAGCAGGAAGAACACGUGCAAUUGGCCUAUCAAAUUUCAAUGAAUCACAAAUAACAAAAAUUCUCAAUUCUUCAACAAUACCCGUAUCAAAUUUGCAAAUUGAAUUACACAUUUAUUUCCAACAAAAUGAAUUAGUUGAAUUUUGCAAGGAAAAAGGAAUCACAGUGACGGCAUAUUCGCCAUUAGGUACCAGGGGACUUGUUAAUUCAAUUGGAAAAGCAGAUGUUAUUGCUGAUCCAUUGACAAAUUCAAUUGUUGAGGAAAUAGCGAAAAAAUACAAUAAAACUAGCGCACAAAUAAUACUUCGUCAUAUUUUAGAAAAAGGCGUUGCAGUUAUUCCAAAAAGUCAAAAUCCAAAAAGGAUAUACGAAAAUAUUGAUCUUUUUGAUUUUGAAUUUGAUUCUGAUGAUGUUAUAGAAUUAAAUAAUUUGGAUCAGGGUGCUGAGGCAAGAAUUUUAGAUUUUGUCUCUUUUUUGCCUGGUGUCGAUAGACAUCCUGAAUAUCCAUUUUAAAUUUGUUUGAAAAAAAAAAAAAAAAAAAAAAAAAUGGUUGUUUAAUUUUUCAAAUUUUAUUCUCACACGUGUUUUAACAGUUUGGUGUUGAUAAGCAUUGUUAUAUCAUUGAAAAAAAAAUGAAAA